AUGUUGUGCUCCGAAUUUGCCAAGGCUUCCCAUACUUUCAAAUUAUUAUUUCAACACAAGUCCAUAAUACAAAAUCAUUACUUGUAUAAUAUUGAUACGUCAUCAACAUUCAGAAAAUAUUCUUCAUUGACAAAGAGCUCCGGGCGAUGGCUGGAAAGGCAAAGACGAGACGCCUUUGUCAAGCAAGCAAAAAUUCACGGAUAUAGAUCACGAGCUGCGUACAAGUUAUUAGAAAUUAAUGAUAAAUGUGGAAAGUUUUUAGAAAAGAGCAAAAUAAUUAUUGAUUUGGGGGCUGCUCCUGGCAGUUGGUCUCAAGUGGCUGUUGAGAAAAUGAAAUCAAACAGUAAAUUAAUAACGAUUGAUAUCCUUGACAUGGAGACAAUACUUUCUCCUGAAAACAAGAAUAUUAAAAUAAUUCAUUUGAAAGGAAAAUUCGAGGAGAGUAUUCCACAAAUAAGAAGCCAUUUGAAUGAAGACGAAUAUGCGGAUUGUUUGUUGUCUGACAUGGCACCAAACACUAGCGGAGUGAAAACACUCGACCACAACAGAAUUAUUUUCUUGUGUAACACAGCCAUCGAUUUUGCAUUUGAGGUUCUCAAACCAGGAGGGUGUUUAUUGAUGAAAAUUUUCAGCGGAUCUGAAGACGCCAUUUUGAGAAACGAGUUAAAACAAUACUUUGAAGACGUGCAAUUCAUAAAACCAGCUUCAUCUAGAUCAGAAUCAAGUGAAACUUAUGUAUUUGCAAAAGGAUUUAAGGUGUAA